AGCAGUAGUGUACCACCUAUUAUUACCUUUUUAAAUUUCUGGCGAACUGGAAAUUUGUUACCUUCUUCGGACAAUGAUAAAUAAUAUAAUGUAAUUAUUAUUGUCAGUUCCCUCCAAAAUUUUAAUAAUAAUAAUUUACAGCUUUUCUUUUUUUGGGUUUGAAUAUAAUUAAUACAGAUUUUUCUUUUUUUUUUCUUUCUAUUAUUUAGUAGUUUAUGGAGUUGGAUGGAGAUAGAAAUGGAUAGAGAUAAUGGCCCUGUGCAAGCAGACAUUUCUACCACCAUAUUCUUCUCAUCUUUGCUUUCACAGAUUCUUGUAGCAUAGUGUCCAUUGAAUCCAGUUUUUGUUUUUUGUUUUUUCCUUUUUCCCCCCCCUCUUCCCUUCCCUUCCUUCCUUUCCUUUCUUGUUGCCUUUAUUCAUUGUGGUGACAUUUAAGAUUAACUAUUCCAUAUCAUUAAUCCCCUUUUCCUGAAUUAUUGCUUUCCUUCUAUGUCUCCAAAACUAUGCACAACUUCUCAACUCUAGCUUCUAACUUUGGAGCCUCUUCCAAGAGUCAAACUUUAGUUAACUAGCAAAUCACUGCUGCCAUAACUUGGAGUUAGUUUCUUCAAUAGUUGGGGUUUGGAAACUCCUGUUCCUGUAUGAUGAGGUACUGUUUGCUUUAGUUUUGAGAAUAUAUCUUUGGUUUGGCCCUCUUGUUCCUUGUGGGUUUUCUGAUUGGUAGAAGACUGGAUAGAAAUCGAAAUUCUGUUUCUGUAAUUGGAGUCAGAAAAGUUGGAUUCUUGGAGGGAUUCCUUCAUUCUUUUGCCUGGUUGUGUUUUUUUUUUUUGGGUGGGAUUUCUCUUAUCUUCCUCAAUUCAGGGUCCUCCUUCUGGCAGGCAAUUUGCUUGGAUAAGAUUAGAAUAAUUUCUUUCGGGCUUCUUAGUCCUUAUCAGUCUUAUUGUCUGCUGAUUUAUGAAGUUCGUUUGGUGGGCGCAUAAUUUCAUUGUAGUUCUUCUGAUUUUAGUUCUCAAGAUUGAAUUUCGUUGCUGCUUCUAGGCCAAAACCGCUGGAGUUUUAUAGGAAAGGUUGACGGGGAAGAAGUCGGUUUGAAGUUCUUUCACAGUUUUACCAGCUGUUAUUAUUCUUCUUUGGAUGAGUCUGCUCCAUGUUAUUGGAUUUGGGCUGAAGGUGGGGCAUCUAAUUUUGAUGCUAUGUUGCUGGUUUGUGUCUUUGAUUUCUUUUGUUUGGAUUAGUAAUGGUGGAGAAAUGACCUCAAAGACUGGUUUCUUAACUGAUGGAGAGCAAAUAUGGGUGAAACUAUGGGAGAAGAUAUCAGGAAAGAGUUUCAUCAAGAUCCAUCAUCAUCCAUAUUAUAUCGGGUCCCAUAAGAAAGGAAUACGAAAUUGGUGGAAGAAGCUUUGGUUUACAUUGAUUGUACUUGGGAUUCUAGCUUCAAUUGGUAACUUUUGGUAUCAAAGCUCACAAGCAGUGGAAAAGAGGAAAGAAACUUUGGCUAGCAUGUGUGAUGAGAGGGCCAGAAUGUUGCAGGAUCAAUUCAAUGUUAGCAUGAAUCACAUCCAGGCCAUGUCUAUUUUAAUAUCAACAUUCUACCACAAUAAGAGUCCGCCCGCAAUUGACCAGACGACAUUUGCAAGCUACACGGAAAGAACUGCCUUUGAAAGACCUCUUACUAGUGGAGUGGCGUAUGCCGUGAAGGUGCUGCAUUCUGAAAGAGAGCAAUUUGAGAAGCAACAAGGUUGGACUAUUAAGAGAAUGGAUGUAAUUGAACAGACCCCUGUUCAUAAGGAUGAGUACUGGUCAGAAAACCCCGAGCCAUCCCCUGUCCAGGAGGAAUAUGCUCCUGUCAUCUUUGCUCAGGAUACUAUUGCACACGUCAUAUCUCUGGAUAUGCUCUCUGGCGAAGAAGAUCGUAGUAAUAUUUUGCGUGCUCGAGAGUCUGGAAAGGGUGUACUCACUGCUCCAUUCAGGUUAAUCAAAUCAAAUCGCCUAGGUGUCAUAUUGACUUUUGCUGUUUACAAGACAGAUCUACCCUCAAAUGCGACGCCAGACGAGAGAACGAAAGCAACUAACGGGUAUCUUGGUGGUGUCUUUGACAUUGAGUCACUUGUAGAGAAGUUACUUCAACAACUUGCAAGCAAGCAAACUAUUCUGGUCAAUGUUUUUGAUACAACGAAUCACUCCAACCCUAUCAGCAUGUAUGGUUCAAGUGUUUCAAAUGAGGGUCUUGAGCAUGUUAGUACCCUUAACUUCGGGGAUCCAUUCCGCAAGCAUGAGAUGCGAUGCAGAUUCAAACAUAAACCGCCUUGGCCAGUGCAAGCAAUGGUGACCUCAUUUGGCAUUCUUGUUAUUGUUUUGCUAGUGGCGCAUAUUUUCCAAGCUACAAUGAAUCGCAUUGCUAGGGUUGAGGAUGAUUACCAUGAAAUGAUGGAGCUCAAAAAACGUGCUGAAGCAGCAGAUGUCGCAAAAUCACAGUUUCUUGCCACAGUUUCGCAUGAGAUCAGGACCCCCAUGAACGGUGUUCUAGGAAUGUUGCAUAUGCUCAUGGACACGGAUCUAGAUGUUACUCAACAAGAUUAUGUAAGAACUGCACAGGGUAGUGGUAGGGCUUUAGUUUCUCUCAUAAAUGAGGUUCUGGAUCAAGCGAAGAUUGAAUCUGGUAAAAUUGAGCUUGAAGCAGUGCGCUUUGACGCUCGAGCGAUUCUGGAUGAUGUAUUGUCACUUUUCUCGGGAAAAUCGCAAGAGAAAGGUGUUGAGUUGGCUGUUUACAUAUCUGACAAGGUACCUGAGAUGCUUAUUGGGGAUCCAGGACGAUUUAGACAGAUCAUUACGAACCUAAUCGGCAACUCAAUCAAAUUUACAGAAAAAGGGCACAUAUUUGUAACUGUUCAUCUAGUUGAAGAAGUGGCGGAUUAUGCUAAAGACGAGACAGAAUCAUGCUCAAGUGAUACGUUGAGCGGGUUCCCUGUAGCCGACAGGCGAGAGAGUUGGAGAGGAUUUAGGUGUUUUGGUCCAGAUGGAUUUCCUUUGCCUGCUUUGCAAGCAUCAUCCUCGACUGAUCAAAUCAAUUUAAUUGUGUCAGUAGAAGACACCGGGGCAGGAAUCCCGUUGGAAGCUCAACCUCGCAUAUUCACUCCCUUUAUGCAGGUGGGCCCAUCAAUUUCCAGAACGCAUGGUGGGACGGGCAUUGGUCUAAGCAUAAGCAAGUGUUUGGUUCACCUCAUGAAAGGUGAAAUCGGGUUCUCUAGUGUACCAAAGAUUGGGUCCACUUUCACCUUUACUGCCAUUUUUGCCAAUGGUUUGUCCAACACAAGUGAGCCGAAGAGUCAACAGACGAAUAGUAAACUAUCAAGCUCUUUAUCUUCAGAGUUCCAAGGCUUGAGGGCAUUGGUUAUUGAUCCGAGAGAUGUACGAGCAAAGGUGUCUCGGUAUCAUCUCCAACGGCUUCGGUUAUUCGUUGAAUUAGUUCCAGAUUUCAACCAAGCUUUUUCAAGAAUAAGCUCUGGGGAUGCUGUUAUAGAUUUGGUUAUCAUUGAACAGGAUGUUUGGGAUAAGGACCUUGCAACGUCAACCCUUUUCUGCCGCAAAUUAAGAGAGGUCGUUAAUAAUACUGUUGUUCCAAGACUCUUCCUUUUAGCUAACUCUAUAAGUUCUUCGCGAGCUUUUGUUUCAGCUUGUGGUAUUUCAACCUCAGCGAUAAUUGCGAAGCCAAUUCGGGCAAGUAUGCUUGCUGCAUCUCUACAGCGUGCCAUGGGUGUAAGUAUCAGGGGGAAUUCACGCAAUGGAGAAACUCCUAGGGUAACUCUGGUCAAUCUGCUUGCCGGGCGAAAAAUCCUGGUGGUCGAUGAUCAUAGAGUAAAUCUUAAAGUAGCAGAAUGUUUCUUGAAGAAGUAUGGUGCUGAUGUUGUCCGAGCAGAAGGCGGUGAGGAAGCUGUCGCUUUAUUGCAGCCACCUCAUCAGUUUGAUGCCUGUUUCAUGGACAUUCAAAUGCCAAAAAUGGAUGGGUUUAAAGCUACUAGGGCUAUUCGUGAGGUGGAAUCGCGAAUCAAUUCUAAAAUCCAAGAUGGAGAACUCUCAGUUGAAGCUUAUGAUAAUGUUUCUACCUGGCAUGUUCCCAUCCUGGCAAUGACGGCUGAUGUGUUCCAAGCUACAAAUGAAGAAUGCCUCAAGUGUGGCAUGGACGGCUAUGUUUCAAAACCGUUUGACGCGGAGCAACUUUACCAUGAAGUUUCCCGCUUUUUUGAUAUUGUAUCAGAUGAAAGCUCCUAAGAUAAUUUCAGCUUGUGAGGGUGUACUCGUUGCAUGGUUAGACUCAAGUACAAGGCAUCUUCGGCUACAAUUAGCUCUGUGGAUUAUUUCCCCUGUAGGUACUUUCCUGGCUGAACUUUUCUUGCAAGUGACUCUUGCCUCCUAUUCAUGCUAUCAAAUUACUAUUCGUUGUAAUUGUUCUUUAGUACUCUCUCUGUCCCAGAAAAAUAGUCCACAUUGUAUUUUUAAAAUUAUACUAGAAACAGCACAAUUUACAAUGUGGACUAAUUUUUCGGCGCAGAGGGAGUACACAUGCCAUUGAUCCUGCUGCAUAUGUAUGUGAUGAUGUUGUUCAUUCUUUUGUUCUUGCUUCUGCAGGAAAUCUUCUUAUUCAUUGGUAUUGGAGUGCUUACUUGGUUCGUUAGAGGAUCUAUGUAGGGUAACCAAUCAAUGGAUCCAUAUAGGUAGCUGAUUCAGUUCCCCUCGCCGACUCCGGUUUGAUUUUUGAGUAGAGAAGAUAGAGAGUACAGACUGACCUGGCUCGAGGAAGUUUUUGGAGAAUCGAGUCUUAUCAUCUAAGGGCUGAAAUGAUCUCGGCAUCCCACAUCCGGUUAAUCCCAAUGUGAGAUGGAGAAAUAAGUUGGGAUGAAGAGGUCUGAUUUCUUUUAAUCCCUCUUUAUCUUCUGCGUCAAAAAUCUUAACAAGUUAUACAUUUCCGAGACUAGCACUUAAUUGGUGUGAAUUUCCGCAUGUCUUGAUAGUUAUACACACUGCAGGAUAGAGAGAAGAAUCAGUAUAUAUAGUUCCUGUAAAUCUCUGCUUAUGUAAUAAUAAAAGCAGCUAGACUAGCCUGUCAUACUCCCACAUGUCCAAUAUACUGCACAGACAUUUGCUCUCGUUUAGAAUGACCAUUGUUUAUUGCCUUAGCCACAACAAAUGUUUCCAUUGUAAAUAAAUAGUUUUUAGUGAAACAGAGCAAAAAUACUGGUUUGGAAGUGUACAAUCUUUAGGUCAUUCAUUAAGCAACUGUGUUUAUCGCUUUUCCCUUGCAACCAAAAGGGCAAUGAUACGGGCCAAUCCAUGUACAGUUGCAGUUUCUCCUCAUUCCAUUUUUUCACGUGUGUUGUAAUUUUAAUUUGUUGUGUAGCUUGAUGGAAUAGAAUGACGAUAUAUGAGCAAUAUAGCCGAUCUUUUUCAGCUUUUGAUAAAGUAGUUAUUGGAUCUUGCCUUGUGUUAGCUGAAGUAGAUUAAAAUGUUGGUGUUGUCAUCAGAUUAGAACAUAUAGAUUGAAGGCAAAGGCACUAGCAAGUAGCAACUCUAGCACUGUCUGUGUUUUCCCGCUUCUUUUUUUUUUUUUUUUUUUUUUGGUUAUUCCCAUUUUACCUUGCCUGAUUUUUUAAUGGUGGACCAGUGUGGGUAGAAAUCCAGGCUGGAAAUUGCUUGGGUUGAUGUGGCUUUCUUGUUUGGGCCACUUCGAGUGGGCCUUACUCCUUAUAGUUUUGCAGAAUAGUGAAUCAUCUCAAUGGUGUGAUAAAACGUGCUGAGCACGAUGAUGAUUGAUGAAGGCGAUGUGGGAUUGGCUGGCACUCACUGACUCACCUGAAAUGACCUUUUGCAGUUUGCGCAGCAAUAAAAAUAUUUUUUAUUCAAUAAAAAUGGCCACCUUCAACGCUGAUAUAAUCUUCUUUUAUUUCAAAACUUGAAAACCCUGUUUCUCCAGUAAGAUGGAAAGGGCCCAACUGAACUGGC